AUGGACACGCCUCCCAGACGAGAAUCCGCUGCAUUCACUCUGAGUGAUGACGAACGGCAGAGCAUGGGCCAGUUUAGUUUCCCGAGUUCACCGGUAUCCCAGACUUCUCCAGCUAGUUCUCACCAUUUCGAUGACUUCGGCAGCAACGAACUGAAGAACAGUCCCUUCGAUAAGAGUAAAAACGAUACAAACAAGUCACUCAUACUGAACGACAGAAGAAGAAGUAUACAUCGCAGGCAACAACAACCCAUCUCAUUCACCACAUACGGACCAUUUCUGGGACAUGAUAUCACCAAAUAUAACCAUGGUGCAAGUGGCAUAGGUAUAAAUAGCGCUUCUUUCGAAGAAUCCGUCGCUAAACAGCAGUUCAUGACGAAUGAUAUUAUUUUAAAUACACAAAAUCAGAUAAGAAGAAAUAGUGCAUCCAACUACCAGAGUCUGUUUGAAUUUGCAAGAUGCAAUAACAUAGAUAUGAGUAAUAAAAAGUUUGUCAGCUGUCCAGAAUCUGGAGAUGUUGAUAACAAUUCCAAAAUUGACAUCAACGUCCCGAAUUGUGACAUUUAUGACUGUUAUAAAGACGAGUGA